GUUUACAUACACCUUAUCCAAAUACAUUUAAACUCAGUUUUUCACAAUUCCUGACAUUUAAUCAGAGUAAACAUGUCCUGUCUUAGGUCAGUUAGGAUCACCACUUAAUUUUAAGAAUGUGAAAUGUCAGAAUAAUAGUAGAGAGAAUGAUUUAUUUCAGCUUUUAUUUAUUUCACAUUCCCAGUGGGUCAGAAGUUUACAUACACUCAAUUAGUUUUUGGUAGCAUUGCGUUUAAAUUGUUUUACUUGGAUCAAACAUUUUGUGUAGCCUUCCACAAUAAGUUUGGUGAAUUUUGGCCCAUUCCUCCUGACAAAUCUGGUGUAACUGAGUCAGGUUUGUAGGCAUUCUUGCUCGCACAUGCUUUUUCAGUUCUGCCCACAAAUUUUCUAUAGUAUUGAGGUCAGGGCUUUGUGAUGGCCACUCCAAUACCUUGACUUUAUUGUCCUUAAGCCAUUUUUCCACAACUUUGGAAGUAUGCUAUUGGCCAAUGUCCACCUGGAAGACCCAUUUGCAACCAAGCUUUAACUUCCUGACGGAUGUCUUAAGCCGUUUCUUUAAUAUAGUCACAUCAUUUUCCUUCCUCAUGCUUCCAUCUAUUUUGUGAAGUGCACCAGUCCCUCCUGCAGCAAAGCACCCCCACAACAUGAUGCUGCCACCCCAUGCUUCACAGUUGGGAUGGUGUUCUUUGGCUUUUUCCUCCAAACAUAACAAUGGUCAUUAUGGCCAAGCAGUUAUAUUUUUGUUUCAUCAGACCAGAGGACAUUGCUACAAAAAGUAUGAUAUUUGUCCCCAUGUGCAGUUGCAAACCGUAGUCUGGCUUUUUAUGGCGGUGUUGGAGAAUUGGUUUCUUCCUUGCUGAGCGGCCUCUCAGGUUAUGUCGAUAUAGGACUUGUUUUACUGUGGAUAUAGAUACUUUUGUACCCGUUUCCUCCAGCAUCUUCACAAGGUCCUUUGCUGUUGUUCUGGUUGAUUUGCACUUCUUGCACCAAAGUACGUUCAUCUCUAGGACACAGAACGCGUCUCCUUCCUGAGGGGUAUGACGGCUGUGUGGUCCCAUGGUGUUUAAAACUUGCGUACUAUUGUUUGUACAGAUGAACGUGGUACCGUCAGGUGUUUGGAAAUUGCUCCCAAGGAUGAACCAGACUUGUGGAGGUCUACAAUUUUUUGGCUGUUUUCUUUGGAUUUUCCCAUUAUGUCAAGCAAGGAGGCACUGAGUUUGAAGGUUGUGUGAUCGACCAUCUCUCAGGAUGACGCACCAAUUCCCAGCCCUCUCCAGUGGUCAGAAGCAGGAGCUCCAGGAGAUUGCCCUUCGUAUCGUCACUCCAGGGAAGGGCAUCCUGGCUGCUGAUGAGUCUGUUGGCAGCAUGGCAAAGCGCCUUAACCAGAUAGGGGUUGAGAACACUGAGGAGAACCGCCGGCAGUACCGCCAGAUCCUCUUCAGGGCUGACGACCGCAUCAACAGCUGCAUCGGAGGAGUCAUCUUCUUCCAUGAGACGCUGUACCAGCACGCUGAUGAUGGCACGCCCUUUGUCAAGAUGAUCAAGGACAGGGGCAUCACUGUGGGAAUCAAGGUUGACAAGGGUGUUGUCCCCUUGGCAGGAACCAAUGGAGAAUCUACCACUCAGGGACUGGAUGGGCUCUCAGAACGCUGUGUUCAGUAUAAGAAGGAUGGGGCAAACUUUGCUAAGUGGCGCUGUGUGUUCAAGAUCGGUGAGACCACCCCCUCUAAACUGUCCAUUGAAGAGAAUGCAAAUGUCCUGGCUCGAUAUUCAAGCAUUUGCCAGCAGCAUGGGAUUGUGCCUAUUGUGGAGCCAGAGAUUUUGUCUGAUGGAGAUCAUGAUCUGAGGCGUUGUCAGUAUGUCACAGAGAAGGUGCUAGCUGCAUUGUACAAGGCCAUGUCUGACCAUCAUGUGUACCUGGAGGGCACUCUGCUCAAGCCCAAUAUGGCCACUCCUGGCCACAGCUGCCCCACCAAAUACAGUGCAGAGGAGGUCGCCAUGGCAACGGUUACAGCCUUGCGCCGCACCGUCCCUCCUGCUGUCACGGGAGUAACGUUCCUUUCUGGGGGUCAGAGUGAAGAGGAGGCCUCUGUCCACCUGAAUGCCAUCAACAACUGCUCCCUGGUGAAGCCCUGGGCCCUCACCUUCUCGUACGGCCGAGCCCUUCAGGUCUCCGCACUCAAAACCUGGCGUGGACAUAAAGAGAAUGAGAGUGCUGCCACUGAGCAGUUUAUCAAGAGAGCAGAGGUGAAUGGCUUGGCCUGUCAGGGGAAGUACACUGGUGGUGGGGACAGUGAAUCUGACCAGAUCUAUGUGGCCAAUCAUGCAUACUGAAGAGCCAGUGAUGCCUCACAUUACAGCUUUGGCUAACCAGUAGCAUCGUCCACUGUCACUGCUAUACCAAUGGCCAAUCGCAGGCAUGUGCUGUCUACAAUCUGUAUUCUAGGAGUUAUAAUAUAGUUACUUGAGUGUACACACUUAUUAUUUAAAAUAAUUGCACAUUGGUGGACCCACUAGAUGUAAGGGUCUAAUGAAAUGAGUAAUUAACUGAUGUCCUUUGAUUAGACACUUUCAACAAUAUUAUUGUAACCUUUGAGAUGACAACAUGUUCUUGUGGUAGUAGCAAAAUGAAACCUAACUAAUGUUUGGUUGUUUCAUUAUUUAUUUUGAUGAGAUCCAGAAUAAACUUUUGCCAUGUAAAGCCACUUUCCAAACUGCUGCACUAAGCAUUAGAUAGGGUGCGUGGUGGUGUAGGCCUAUUGUGUGUGACGAGAAUGGAGAAUUCUAGCUUUCUUGAAAAGACCAUAUUGCCAUUCCAAACUCUGGAUUAAUGAUGGGAUAUGUGUGUCUAAACAAAAUAGCUGUGUGAAGAUACUAUUUUGUAGAAAUUGUGUGUGUGUUCUUGCUUAGAGGCAGAAAGUUCCAAAGACGUGGUUUUGGAUGAACUCAUGGACAGCUGGACUUACAGUAAAUAGUGUUGUUGGAAAAAUGUUAUUUUUGUGACUUAGCUAAGUAUUGUUCUCUAUGCAACUGAUUAUAAAAUACUGUAGUGCAAAAGUAAUAACAAUAAAUUGUGUUGAGUUGAAACAAUCUGGUAAUUCUGGUUUUAUUUCUCAUAAAUUAAUCUUGGUUAAACCAGAAUUAAAAUAUCCCAUAAUUUGGUCAGAUGCUCAUGCUCCAUAGUCUGUCCAUGAAGACUAGGCCUACUCACAAAUAUAUAUAUUUUUAACUGCACCAAAGAGUAGGCCUACCUACACAUUGCAUGAUUUGUACAUUA